AAGGGCCUGCUGAUGCCUGAGACAUUGCAAGGGUUCAGCGUCCUUGUUAGGAAACAUCUUUCGGUAGCUUUUCAGCCGUUCAGUACCUAGCUGGGCUCCCAGCCCUUGGCUCACGUAACAGAAUCUUGUUUUAAUUUCAUGUAAAACCUAAAUAACUUCGCUGAAAUACCCUGUUUCCUUUGCCCAUGCUUUUCUUUCUUUUUUAAACCCACUGUGUGUGUGUGUGUGUGGCAGAAAGCAUCCUGAUACAUUCUUAGUAUCUAAUCCACACACUGCUUGCACUUUUCACAUUUCCAAGCAAAACUCUGGAAUCUAGUGUGUCCUGCUGCUGGAACUACUGAAGAACCCUGAUUUGGACUUCUGGAUUUGAAUGUAUGCUUCUUCCUGAAGCCCUGCCAAGUUUUGAUCCAGCUUAAAAUGUUUCUGUUUACUUAGCAUGAUCAAAAAUGGUAUCUUAUAGAAUACUUAAGCUAGAGGUUAGGGUCUCUCAUCCCGCUGGUGGCUGUUGCUGGUGUCUAUCUUAUGUUUCUUUUUUAGAUUGUGAGCCCUUUGGGGACCGGAAGCCUUUCUUUCAUUCUAAACUGCUUUGGGAACUUUUGUUGAAAAGCAGUAUAUGAAUAUUUGUAUAGGUUUUUUUGCUGGUUCUUGAACCAUUUCUAGUGUGAAGGCACCACAGAUGUCUUAAGUUUUCUGUUCAGCCAAUUAGAAAUUAGAGACUUGCACAAUGGAAUUUCGCAGUGUGCAGGUGGGAAGGAACGAAAUAGCUGGGCUCUUCAUAUGACAUCUGACUCAGUCCUUUAUUCUUGCUCUGCAGUAUCAAGAUAAUGUGAAAUUUUGGUACAGUCAGAGGACAGAUGUACUUCAUGAUCUGCUGAAUUCUGGAGGUUUGUUUCAGAACUGGGCAGGAUUUGACAGGCUCUGUGGUGGUGAGGCAGGAUCCAGUGCUUAUCCACACCCUGUAGCUUGUGUUUUGGGAAGGCAGGCAAAAUACACUUAAGAGUGGUGACUCACUGGCUACCCUGGAUUCUCCUUGUGUAGAGAUCAGCUUUCCGCCUCCAGUACUCAAAAUAGCUGCCUGUUGCAUAUUUGUUCACCUGAUACUGAUCCGUUUUGCUUCUGGAGAUAUGUGUUAAGGUUUCUGUGAGCGAAAAUGGCUGUGGCCUGGAACUCCAGUUCGAAUAGUAUUUUGCUAGUGUGAACAUGGUUCAUUUUUUUGGAGUUAAUGUAGUGGGAUAUUAAAUAUGAUAUGAAGAUAAAGGUAAUGGCUCAUCUUAAUGAGUCAGGUGGGGGGGCACCAAGGAGGUGCAAUUCCUCUUGUUUCCUGGCAGCUUGGGUUGCUCCUCUCCUACCUUGGCCAAGAACCACACUGCUUGCAGACUGGAUAAAUGAGCCGUCAGACUGCGACAGCACUUCCCACGGGUACCUCCAAGUGUACACCAUCCCAGAGGGUGCCUGCGCUGACCGGCACCACCGCUUCCAACAAUGACUUGGCUAGUCUCUUUGAGUGUCCGGUGUGUUUUGACUAUGUCCUGCCACCGAUCCUGCAGUGCCAAAGUGGCCAUCUGGUCUGUAGCAACUGUCGUCCCAAGCUCACAUGUUGCCCCACCUGCCGAGGCCCGCUGGGCUCGAUCCGUAACUUGGCUAUGGAAAAAGUUGCCAACUCUGUACUCUUCCCUUGUAAAUACGCCUCCUCUGGCUGCGAGAUCACUCUGCCUCACACCGAAAAAGCAGACCACGAAGAGCUCUGUGAAUUUAGGCCUUACUCCUGUCCGUGCCCUGGGGCUUCUUGCAAGUGGCAAGGCUCGCUGGAUGCUGUCAUGCCUCACCUCAUGCACCAGCACAAGUCCAUAACAACACUCCAGGGGGAAGACAUCGUUUUCCUUGCGACGGACAUUAAUCUUCCAGGUGCUGUGGACUGGGUCAUGAUGCAGUCUUGUUUUGGCUUUCAUUUCAUGUUAGUAUUGGAGAAACAGGAGAAAUACGACGGUCACCAGCAGUUCUUUGCAAUUGUCCAGCUGAUAGGAACGCGGAAGCAGGCUGAGAACUUUGCUUACCGACUCGAGCUAAAUGGCCACAGGCGGCGAUUGACUUGGGAAGCGACGCCUCGAUCCAUUCACGAGGGGAUUGCCACCGCCAUUAUGAAUAGUGACUGUCUGGUCUUCGAUACCAGCAUUGCACAGCUUUUUGCAGAGAAUGGUAAUUUAGGCAUCAAUGUGACGAUUUCGAUGUGUUGAAAUCACAAUCUGACGUUUUCAGGCCAGUGUCUAAAAAGGAAAAAAUCAAAUCCCCAUUGCAUUUAGUUUCGUAGAAACCAAGGUAAACAACUUUUGACUGCCAGACGUGAACAAUUUGGGAGGGAGAGGCAAAUGAAGGUAAAUUAAUGGGAAGGCUGUUAAAGUACAGGAAACAGUUGCAUGUAAUAACACUAAUAUAUUUAAAGUUAAGUCAGCAGUAAACCACUGAAAAUAUAAAUAUAUAUAUAUGUGUGUAUAUAUAUAUAUUAUACCCCAAAUGGGCAUCUUUUUGUAUUAAGAAUUGAUUCUACGAAGUGUUGUAAAAUAAUUCUAAACUUGUUUGUAGAUUGUACGUUUGAUGCGGAUACUGUUUUGUGUUUCAUUUGUGUUCUUUUCCUUUGACUGACAAGCCAUGCAGGGCGGUCUGGUGUCUGGCCGCUCCCUUUCCCCCCCUCCUCUGCCGCUCCCCCCCUUCCACCUUCGUAAGUCACUACAUAGUAUUGCUGCUGUUCUUGUGUAAAUUUUCUGUGUAUUUGCUAAUUUUUAUUAACUUCUAGUUUUUCAUUAAAUAAAUGACUUUCUUUUCUGUAAUUCAGGUUUUUCCUUUAUUUUGUACCUUUUGAGAUUAAUUAAAAGUGUCAUCUUCUGAUACGCAUAAUUGCUUAUGGUAAAGUGUAUACUUCUAUAUGUUUGGUAACCUUUCUUUUUUGGGCUGCAAUCCUGCCACUGGUUAUAAUACAGAUAAAUCCCAUAGACCGAUAUGGAACUUAUGCCUGAGUAACUCUGUGCAGGAUUGCAGCCGUUUGUCUCUUUCCAGUAGCUCAUUCAUUGAUACUGUUGUUCAUUCAACUAUUUUGUGAACUUAAUGGUCUCUAAAGGAGAUACUAUUUGGACAAAUUCCUAAAAAAGGCUUUUUUUAAAUUGUAGAUGCCAUUGUACUUUGAGUUCAAACGUUAACUUUUGCAGAAUUUUUUUGAGAACGUUCUCAUUGAAAAAAAGUGGAAAUUUCAGGCACAGUUUCAAAGGAAGUUAAAUGCAUUUAGAUAUUUGAAGUCAUUCUUGUAUUUAUUGGUUGUUCGGUACAAGAAGGCAUUGUCUAUACAGUAUUUGUAAACUAUAAAUACAGACCAUUUGUUUAAAGGAGGAAGUUGAAAUAAGCUUUUUUAAACCUGUCAUUAAAAGAAUUCCUGGCAAA